UUCGAUAAUGUAAAUUUCAGUAGCCAAGUGUCACUAUUGGCAAAUACAUAUACACUUUACUCGGAAGGUGAAAAAAUCAAGAUAAACAACAAGAAGGAACAUCGGCUAACAAAUGACGAUCAGUGCAGCGUUAUUACUGUUUUUUCAGUUAGAUUUCAUAGCAUGAUGAGCACCAGUUGGGAUCGUGUUCGCCUACGUGUCGAAACAAAAGAGGGUUUUGAACCGGCUGUCGAAACUAAUGUGAGUGCUGAUGUACGUACCAUAUCUGCACAUAUACUGGACACCACAGUGGGUCAAGCUGCACCAAAUGUUAAUAUUACAAUUUAUCGCCUAGAAGGUGGCGAUGAUUGGCAGAAACUGAAUGUUGAAACAACGAAUCAAGAUGGGCGUGUAAAUCAAUUAGUGAGUGUUUCGCAAUACAAAGCGGGCAUCUACAAGUUGCAUUUCGAUGUGGCAUCAUAUAACGCAGAACGUGGAGUUAAAAGUUUUUAUCCUUUUAUUGAGAUUGUCGUACAAUGUGAACAGAAUCAACAUUAUCAUAUUCCGUUACUGUUAAAUCCGUUUGGUUACACAACUUAUAGGGGUACUUGAAUGUUAAGCUGAUUAAUGAAUUACUAAACUAAUAUUUGAACACACAUGGAAAUAAAUGAUGGUUAUAUAUAUAUAUAUAUAAACGC